GUUUUGACUUGCUAAAUAAGAGAUUCGCCAACGCUCGGGUCAUAAACAAAAGGUCGAUUCGCUGGACGGUUGCUUGGGAGACGAAGGCUUAAAACGCGGCUUUAAACGCGAAGUGCUCGAACAUAGAUGAAAAUUGAAAUCGCCGGCAAAAAGGAAACGUCCGUCGCAACGCUGACGGAGGCGCCAGUUACAGCGACGUCGAUGUUUGUGGAUGCUUUGAUUACAUUUUUAUAAUAAACCCAAAGUUAAAAGAGGAACUGCAGAGAAGAUCGUCGAUGGUUUCAAUGAAAAUCGUAUAAUGGAAGCGUCACCUGAAUCGUGUGUAUUAUGCGAUGCAAACGGACAGGAGGACGGCGACGAUGCGCUUUAUUCUGGUGGGCAGCCGGAUUCGCAGGCAGCAUCAAAUUCUAAGGAGGCGGAGGUCGAGGCUCUAGUAGAUCCAGAUUCAUAUGCAGCUGCUUCUGAAUUAGAAAUACAACACGAUGAUCAACUGCAGUCUCUGGAGCCCAUCUCCUUGGAUGACAUACCGGAGCCCAUUAAGGUGCUUGACGACAUCAUUUCUGAGUUCGAAGAGGCAGCAACAAAACCGAAUGCCUUGAACUGUAAUAGUGGGGAGAAUCAGUCCGAGGACGAUGGCUACAUGAGUCUUAGUCGUAAAAACAUGUCCAAGAAGGAUUCGGAAGAUGUGCCACAGACGCCCAGCACCGACACCGUGCCGGAGGGCAGCUUCAAUGAGGAUGGUACGGCGGAGAAUCUAACUAAAUUAAAUGAGGCGGAGGAGCAGGGGCAGAAAAGCACAACACCGCUGAUUCAAACAACGCUGCCAAAGGCACGGAGUUCAAGCUCGACUCCUGCGAGCGACUCGAAAUUUUCGAGUCUUCCGUGUUGCGGGGCCAGCAGGACAUCGAAUUUGGUCGGUACUUCUGGUGGCAAGUCCUCAAGUGGACUGGCAGCCAUCCGACAGGCAGGCGGCAGCUGUAACGGCGGACGCAACGCUCUGGGAAUCGAUAUUAGCGCCGUGCACAAUGCGGUUCUCCGAGGAAAUCUGGCCAAACUGCCGGAGCCGAUCGUCAACGAACAUCCAGUGACCAUCUAUCCGGGACCCUCCUCCUCAAAGUCCUCUGCAGGCGGAGAGGGGGGAGCGCGUGGAAAGCGGCUACUCAGUUCGGUCGAGAAGCACAAGGAGGUGUGCCACAUGCUCCAUCCUCAUUCCAACAGCUCCUCGGCCUCGUCGUCUAAUUCGAGCGGCGAGGCCUCGCCGGCUGCCUCGCACGUUAAUGUGGCGACAUCGAAGCUUGCGGUUGGCCGGGGUGAUGAGGACUACUCGGAAGAUUCACUGGAGGAGUCUACUAUCUCGACUGAUCUUACGCCUGUUAAGCAGAACGGAGUAGCCUGGGAGAUCCACUUCAAGAAUAAUACUAAAAAGCAAACUUGUGGCUCCAAGAAGACCUCCACUUCUGGUGCUUCCAAAAAGAAAAACCACUCGGACGACUUUGGUAGCGGCUUUGUGUGCAACCAGCAAAGUAUGCUGGGAAAGGGAACGUUUAUCAUACGCCGUUCUACGGCCAAAAAGCCGCCCCGUGCCUCAGAUGUUUUUAGCAUACCGAAACCGCCGCGCCUCUCGUUGGCCGAGAGAACAGGCAAUGGGUCCGGCGGAACCAAUGUGGGUGCAAUUAGCAACGAGUUCUACACCAGCGACAGCGAGCAAAGCGAUGCGGCUCCUCUCCCACUUCCCCUACCCACCCCCGUGCCCCUUCAUCCACCGACCGCCGCCACCUCUGCCGAGAUGAAUUUCGUGUACAAGGAGUGCGAAGCUAACGCGGCUCAAACACGACGAGGACUCGAAAUGGCGGCCGCCCAACGAGCAGCCCUCUCGCUGGACAUUGCUGAUGCGGCGGAUCAACUAGGUCACUGCAAGCCCACCAAGAGCAAGACGGCGAUGCUGACCGAGAAGCGACUCAGUGCCGAGUCCAUGCCGGAUAACAACACCUCCAGUAGCGAGGAGUUCGACGAGGCGCGUCUAAAUGGCAGCGGAAGCUUCGAUUUGUAUGCCUUUAACGGGAAUGAUCAGCGUGUCUCAAACGCCACCACUCCCCACACAGAUCUGGCUCCCACUUUGGAGGAGGACGAAGAGCUUUCCGACCUGAGCUUUGGAUGUGCACCACUGCAGCAAAUCGAGCAUAACAUUAGCGCCUUGCUGCGCGGCGACAUUCCCGUUGUGGGUCAGCAAGCUGGUUGCAGCAAUGCUGCUGGAGGAGCUGUUGGAGCCGUUGGACUCUCUGCAGCUGCUGCUGCCGAGCUGCACGCCAAGCGGAUUCUGGAGUUUCGUCCCGGCGUUCACAAAUCGGAGAGUGCCAAGGAGAUGUUGUUGUCACAGAUGCCAAAUUUUGGCCCAUUGCCCCCAUCGCCACCUCCAAGUUCCAAGCUUCCGGAUUUCGAUUACGACGCUCCCUUGCCGCCGUCGCCAGUUGAACCCCGCAAGCAGCUGGAGCUGCCAUCAGCCGCGGUGGCGGCGAGUGCCGGUGCCCCACUUCCGAAUCGGGGUACCACCGUUGUGGAGGUGCAUGCCACCGCUUCUGGAGCGGCGGUGCAUACCAGCAACAGCCACACCCGCCGCAGUCGCGACAAUGUCACCGCCGUGCGCCAUUUUAAUGACGAAUUGCCAGCACCUCCCGCUCCGGCUCACCAAGAGGUUUUGCCUGGACCACCAAUGGUGCCACCGCAUAGAGUUGCCGGCGGAGGAGGCCCUUCGACAAACACCAUCAAAUCGUGGAGCAUUGACUCGCAGUAUCGAAAGCGGUCCCCCAAGCUAUUCGGUCACUAUAGCAGCGGGGGCGGCAGCGGAAUAACCACGCCCACUGGUCUGGGACCCUUGCCACCGAUGCCCGCCAUCGAUGGAAUGGCUUGUGGAUCCGGCUCCGGGUCCUAUCAACGACGGUACAUUAACUAUGGCACCAAGCGCAGCCUCAAGCAAUCGCCUCGCGAGGAGCACCGCCUGCAGACAUCAUGCAGUCUUCCAGAAACUCCAAUAUUUGCAAGAGGUUGCGACAUUCCGCGCACGCCAUAUAGACGCCAAAAUGAACCGCUGUCAGUUGUCAGUGGCUCACGCACAGCGCCACGAUCCAGCACAUCGAACACUAUAAAUAUGGGCACAUCUAUUAUGGGUAUUGGCGGUGGCAAUUACGGUACAGCUCAAAUUUGCCGUCAGCGCUCCAUUAAUCACGCGUUGGCUUCCAAUGAGAUGCUUCGGAUGACUGGGGUCCCUGCCCGCGGAUGGUAUCCAAAGCAACGAGGCAUGCGCCCAGCUUCCACAGAGAACAUCGAUCGCUUGGCUUCCGUGCGGGUGUGGGAUAAUCCGGCGGGGAUGUCGGGCACAGGACAAUCACGCAAGCCUCUAACUCUGCCACCAAAUCUGACGCCGUCCUUUUUGAAUAAAUCACCGCGUGAGGCUUUGCGACGAGUAACAAGCCUGCUGAUCACCAAGAAAAAAAACCACAAGGAUCGGAAGCACAAGACAUAUUGUGAUCAGGCCAUGGAUGAUACCAUCAGCAAGCAUGCCUAUGAAUUCGAAACAGGUUCUGCCAAGCGAAAGGAUAGCAAUAGUCGCAAGACGCAUGUUGGGGACUCGGAAGUUACAACCACCAAUACGAAAACGAAGAAGAAGGGACUUUUUAAGUCCCUGUGGAAACGCACGAAAACCGUCUCUAUGGAGCAAUAGAGAAGCUAAAAAAGAAAACUGCCCACUAAAAACAUAUGAUAAUAGCAAAGAAGACGAUAAUAACCGUGCUCUUGCAUGCACUCACGUGUUUAAGGUCAAAAGAUUAUCUCUGCACCCAAUCGAUCACCCUGACCUUUCUGCAAUUCCUCGUGCUCAUAAUCGUGUUUGAUUGGUCACUCAUCUUGAAAAUAAUUGAAGCAAUUUUGACGGUCAUACAGAAAAAAAAAAUAAUAAAAAGCACAAAAGCCGUGAAUCGUAAAGACUGAAAGAAAAGAAAGCGUAAAACUACAAAGCAAAAUUUAAGCAAACGUAAUAUGAAAUGAAAUUAAACAGGCAUUCGAAAGCCAUACUCUAUACUGUCUACUCCCAACAACAAACACGAACGAAUAAACAAAAAGGUAAAAUCAUGCGGCACUAUGCAUUUGAGGCUAUACAUAUUUACCCUUGAAUAUUUCCGACACCAACACCAAUUACAUAAAUGCAACUUUUAUAUUCCAUGGCCACUAGAAUCCAGAAACCUAACGAAAUCGGCGCAAAAGAAACUGACUUCUUAUAUACAAGCACUGAAUUUAUAUACACGUAUAUAGAUAUGAGCGAUAUAUACGCAUAGUUUGGACUAUAACUGAACCGCCUAGGGUUCUAAGCAACAACUUUACUUAUUUUAUUACGAAGUUUAACAUAGUUGCAAAACACUUUUUUGUAACCGAGGAAUACGUAUUGGUUGCCCUCUUUUUAAUAAUUUGAUAAACGGCUUUGGAGAGCUAAAAUGCACGGGCAGAGUGCAAUAGCCGAAGAGGAGGUGGGGUUCAGCUCUUAAAAAGAAUCUUAAGCCAGCCACUACCAAUGAGAACGUAAGCUGAAGGCCAUUUACAAUAUUAAGAUUAAUUGACACCCAGGAUCAGUAUAAUUUAGAUUUGUAAAAAAUUUGAAAAGAACGAAGUUACGCCCUCCACAUUUCAAAGAAUUUUUCGACAAAUGACAAUUCGAAAUGGAUUAAGAAAAGCAACAAUCCUAAGAAAAAAAAAGCAAUUUGAAUGCUCAAGACGAUUUUACACCACAGAAUGCAUUUUUCAAAUUUUGAACGAGAGUAAAAGUGGAUAUUUGGAGCCGGAGAACACUGCAAGAAGCAACAAAACUGUAAACGUUUACUAGUCAUUAAAUAUAUAAAGAAGAAAAUAAACAAUAGAUAUAUAUACAUAUACAUAUGGAAGAUACAUAUUUUUUAUUAACACUCACUGAAAAAAGCCUGCGCAGCGAUUGUAAUGAUUGGCGGCAUUUUUUUAAACAGCAAGGAGCUGGCGCCCAAAGGAGCAAGUUUCAAGUAUUAUUAACGAAUUACACAUUAUGCUAUAGCAAGUUGGUAUUUAUUAAAAUUAAUUAUAUAUAUGUACAAUUACUUGAUUUAACAUUAUUGAGUAUAUUUUUUAGAAAAGUAGCAUGUGAAACGAAUAAAACAAUUUAAAACAAAA